AUGGCUGACCCCGACCCCGUCCACGACAUCGAGUCUGCUGAGAAGGGUGCUCAUCACAUUCGCUAUGCCGAAGACGUGGAGACCCGUCCAACACGUGCUCGUGCACGAAGAGACUCUAAUGACGAUGGCAUGUCCAUUCGCUCCAUCUCUCGCCGCCGCAUUGUUGAGCCCGGAGUCGUCCUCCCAACUGCUUAUCGAACCCUCUCCAUCAACAUCGAAGACAGCAAGUCCCUUGACGUCAAAGAACCAAAGAGCUCGAAAACAAAGGAAGCUACCGCCGUUGAAGACCUUGACUGGCACCUAAUCUCCACCGAGGAGGCCGCUCGUCGUCUGUCUACAUCCACCAAGAAUGGUUUGUCAAAUGAACAAGUUGCGAGACGUCUCAAAGCACACGGUCGCAAUGUCUUGUCCGCUCCACCAUCGCGCUGGCUCAUCAAAACUUUGGGAUACCUCUUUGGUGGCUUCGGUUCCAUCCUCCUCAUCGCAUCCAUCCUUGUCUUCAUCGCAUGGAAGCCUCUUGGACAGCCCCCAGCUAUUGCCAAUCUUGCUCUGGGCAUCGUUCUGGCUAUCGUCUUCGUCAUUCAGGCUGCCUUCUCUUUCUUCCAAGAUUGGUCAACCUCUCGCGUCAUGGACUCCAUCAAGAACAUGCUUCCUGAUGAGUGUGUUGUCAUCCGCGAGGGUGAGCGGGCUAAGGUCCUCGGCACAGAGAUUACCCAGGGCGACAUUCUCUGCAUCAAGAUGGGAGACAAAUUGCCUGCUGAUGUACGAUUCAUCGAGGUCUCGGGCGAUGUCAAGUUUGAUCGCUCCAUCUUGACAGGCGAAACCUUGCCGACCCGUGGCUCUGUUGACUCUACCGACAACAACUACUUGGAGACGGAAUGUAUUGGUAUGGCCGGCACCCAUUGCACUGCAGGUACUGCAGUAGCUAUUGUUGUAGCAACUGGCGAUCGUUCAGUUUUUGGACGCAUUGCGAAAAUGACGAAUACCCCCAAGACUGGAUUAACCAACUUGGAGAAAGAGAUCUACUACUUUGUCGCAGCCAUUGUCACAAUCAUGCUUAUUAUGAUUAUUGUUGUCAUCAUCGUGUGGGCUUCUUGGCUCCGGCAUUCUCAUUCAGACUGGAUCUCCGUUCCUGUGCUUAUUGUCGACUGCGUGAGUGUCGCGGUUGCCUUCAUUCCGGAAGGACUUCCCAUUGCCGUCACGGCAAGUCUUACCAUCACGGCGUCGACCAUGAAGAAGAACAAGAUUCUCUGCAAAUCGUUGAAGACGGUGGAGACAUUGGGAUCUGUUAGCACUAUCUGCUCCGACAAGACAGGUACUUUGACCAAGAACCAGAUGACUGUCACCGACUGCAUGGUACAUCAAGCUCCUACUAGCGCCAGCGAUGCAGCAGCCAUCGCACAGUCGACAAGAAUUUCCGCCACCAAGCCAGUCAACUCCGAAGGCAUCGUUCAGCUCGGUCAAAUCAGCGCAAUAUGCAACGCCGCGGACAUGGAUGCAGCCACCGCUCAUCUUGCCCUUGAGGACCGCAAGUUCUUUGGUGACGCGACUGACCAAGCCGUCCUUCGCUUUGCAGAGUCCCUCAACGACGUUGCCCAGAUCCGAACUCAAUGGAAGGUCGUCAAUACCGUCGCGUUCAAUAGCAAGAACAAGUUCAUGAUCACGGUCGCUCGUCCAGCUACUGGUAAUGUUCAUUUCAAAGGAAAGGAUUUCGAAUCAAGCCCUCUUGUCUUGUUCAUCAAGGGCGCUCCCGACAUCCUUCUCCCAAGAUGCUCUUCGAUCAUGACUAGCAACGGCACCACAGAUAAUCUUCCUACCGACACUCGCACUGCCAUCGAAGUGGUGAAGGACAAGUGGUCGUCAGAAGCCAAGCGCGUCAUUCUUAUGGCUCGGAAGCAUCUCAGCCCGGAGCUUAGCAAGUUGGACCCACAAUCCCGCGAAUUCGAGAACAUGGUCAUUAACCAAGCCGUCGGAGGCCUUGAGCUUGUCAGUCUCGUUGGCCUCGUCGAUCCCCCGAGGGACGAGAUUCCGAGCGUAAUUCGAACCCUUCGUGGUGCCGGGAUUAAGGUCCACAUGGUGACUGGCGACUUUCGGCUUACGGCCCAAGCUAUUGCAGUCUCUUGCGGAAUCAUCACCAACCGCAAAGACCGCAUUGACAACGUAGACGCCUUGAGUGGACAAGAGCCUAACCCCUUCAAACUCUCUGCCGAAGAAAAGACGCGUUACCCCGCCCUUACCGAAAAGGCAAUCCGAUCCAUCGUCCUCAGCGGCCCCGAUAUGAUGGACCUGGAUGAAGAGCAAUGGGAUCAUCUAUGCCAGUACGAUGAGAUUGUGUUUGCUCGUACUACCCCCGAGCAGAAGUUGCGCAUCGUCAAGGAACUACAAGCCCGUAAAGAAAUCGUCGGCAUGACUGGCGAUGGGGUUAACGACGCCCCCUCCCUGAAGCAAGCAAACAUUGGUAUUGCCAUGGGGUCUGGAUCGGACAUCGCCAUCGAGGCGGCUGACAUGGUCCUCCUCGAGUCCUUCUCCGCCAUCGUUGAAGCUGUCAAGUAUGGUCGUGUCGUCUUCGACAACCUGAAGAAGACGAUCUGCUAUCUCCUCCCCGCCGGCUCCUUUUCCGAGUUUUGGCCCGUCAUGACCAACGUCCUCUUUGGCUUGCCCCAAAUUCUUUCAUCCUUCCUGAUGAUUAUCAUCUGCUGCUUCACUGACUGCGCUGCUGCGACCGCUAUUGCUUACGAGAAACCCGAGGCCGAUGUCUUGCUCCAGCGGCCUCGCAACCAAGCUAAAGAUCACCUCGUUGAUUGGAAGCUGGUACUGCACUCGUACGGUUUCAUAGGCGUACUGGAGUCGGUCAGCAGUUUCGCGAUGGCGUAUUGGUAUGCACAGCGCAAAGGCCUCUCCUUCAGCGUGCUUUGGUUUGGGUUUGGCGCUUCGCCAAAUGGCAUGACCACGGAUGAGAUGACGGCCAUCCUAAACACCGCUUCGUCCAUCUACUUCGUCAACUUGGUCGUCAUGCAAUGGUUCAACCUUUUCGGCAUCCGCACCCGGCGCCUCUCGUUCUUCCAACACCCGCCCAUUUUCCGCAAGAGCACACGAAAUCUCUACCUCUUCCCGGCGAUUGUAUUCGCCCUCCUCAUUGCCAUUUUCUUCCUUUAUUUGCCAAAAUUCCAUAGUGUUCUUGCUACCGCGACGGUGCCUGUGGGCUACUGGUUCUUGCCCAUGACGUUCGGAAUGGCGAUAUUAUUGCUGGAUGAGGGGAGGAAGUAUGCCGUGAGACGGAAUCCGAACGGAGUAUUGGCGAAGAUUGCGUGGUAACAGAGGUUGAAAGAUGGGGGUGUGACACAUAGAGCGCUCAUCUGGAUAAAGCGACAUGUGAUUUGAUGCUCGUUCGCGACUGUAUGAGGGGCGUCAACAUUCUCAAAAUGAUCUGAACAGGAUGUAAAGUUCCAUACCCUUCAAAUUAGACGGAUGCACAUUUUAGUCGAUGAUAGUUAUAAAACGCUCUUGCCUUCCAUAUUACAGCGUUUCUUUAUGUAAUUUGCUAUUCUCUUACAACUGUAGAAGUUGCUUCAACGUACUUGAAAUAUUCUAGGCAGGAUAGUUUCUCAGCUUCUUUGACUCAGCAGAUACGAUUUUCGUUACCUCAUGCGCCGUUUGCCCGACGCGAAGAAGGCGAUCGUGGUCUUGAUUCCAUUCCAAUUGGCCACCUGCCCACAUUCGCCGAGUGUACGAGGCAAGCGGAUUGACGGUCUGAUCUGAGCGGGCGUGAAAUACACCAAAUGAUAUCCAGAAGGGAUUGGAGUUCCGGG